AGAAGUGGCGCCAUCGCAAGCGCAUGAUAACAACACCAACACUACUGAGCACAAGAGAAGCAAACUGGAAGGUUUCAGUUGGUUUCAGUGGUGCAGUGCGUGCAGUGGGUUUGCUCAUGGUUGUUUGUGCGAAGUGUUCGAAUUUGAUUUGUUUAGUAUUGUUUGCUUCUGUUUGUUGCUAAAUGGUGUGCGGAAAACAGGGCCGGACUGAGCCGAAUCAGCGAAAUUGAAGACUUUUGCAACGAAAAAAAACGAUUUACUAAUUACUUUGUCUAUGCAAUAUGUAAUGAUGUGUUUAUAAUAAAUAGUUGAUUGAGAAGAAGCGGUUGUUUCUAUGGCGCCGCGCAAUUCUUGAAGCCGACCCUGGUGAAAAAUGUUCCGGUUCUUGAGCGGUCGCAAGGUUCGUGCAGCAGAUAACGGUCCGAAGGGAAACACUGGCAGCAAGCAUCACCAGAAGGUCAAGCAUGUCCAGAACAAGAAUCUCGUCCAGUGCAGGGUCGUUUUACUCGAUGGCACCGAUCUCUCGGUCGAACUCUCUAAAAAAGCAGAGGCCAGGGAUUUGUAUGAGCAAGUAUUUUAUUCCUUGGACCUGAUAGAGAAAGACUACUUUGGUUUGCAGUACACCGACGUUAAUCACGUGAAGCAUUGGUUAGAUCCGACGAAAUCCAUCAAGAAGCAAAUCAAAAUCGGUCCACCUUACACCUUAAGGCUGAAAGUCAAGUUUUACCUAUCGGAUCCAAACAAUUUGAGAGAGGAAUUGACGAGAUAUCAGUUUUUCUUGCAACUGAAGCACGAUAUUCUCGACGGUCGCGUGGACUGUCCUCAUCAGACCAAUAUAGAAUUAGCAGCGCUUGCCUUGCAGUCGGAAUGGGGAGAUUAUGAUGAGUCUCAUCAUACAGCAGCUGCGGUGUCCGAAUUUCGUUUUGUUCCCAAUCAAUCUGAAGAGAUGGAAAUCGAGAUCUUGGAGGAGUUCAAGACGUUGCGGGGUUUGACGCCCGUUCAAGCAGAGUUCGGUUUCUUGAACAAAAUCAAGAGGAUGGAGAUGUACGGUGUCGAUAUGCACAUAGUGCUUGCGAAAGACGGCAUGGAGUACAGAUUGGGUCUUACACCAACGGGAAUUCUGGUGUUCGAGAACGGGCAGAAGAUUGGACUUUUCUCGUGGCCGAAGAUCGGAAAAUUAAACUUCAAAAAGAAGAAAUUGACGCUGGUUGUUGUCGAGGAUGAUGACGCUGGACGGCAGGAGGAGCACACUUUCGUCUUCAGGUCAGUGAUUUGAAUGAAUGAAUGAAUUAAUUUCGAAUUGCGAUAAUUAGAAAAUAAUGAAGGAGUAAGAAAGCGGACAUUCAUCACAUACGUGAUUCAUCUACUUCCGCUUGUGCUCGGAAGAACCGUAAGAUUCAGUAUUGUAGUCUAUGCAGCGACAAACGGAAGAAGUGUAGUGUACAAUAUGAAUUUCAAUUGUACAUUUCUUUGAACACGCAUCAUCGGACACAGCUGUCUGCAACAGUG